AUUUGCAAUCAAUGUCGCGCAAGUCGAUAAGUCUAUCGAUAAUAUCUGAUAUAGACGCCAAAAACAUCUGGAGAGAGCGCGCUAAAAUUUUAUAAUUGUUUAAUAACUUAAUUGCUGAAUCCUUAAAUUGAACAGAUCUGUUAUUUCUAUUAGUUUUCAAGUAUAAAUCUUAAUAAAGGCGAAGAAAAUGGAUCAGGAUCAGUCAAAGCAAACGCCUCGAGACUUUCAUGACAGUGAUGGCAUGUGCACUUCGUCCAUCAAGGAAAUUACUUUGAUAGAAACUAUGACUAGUUUCCUGGCGGAAAACGGAGCUGCUGAAGUAGAUCCAAGAAUCUUGAAGACUUUAGCUGAGGCGCUAUCGAGACGCAUAGACACAGAUGACACAAGUCCCGGUGGUCUUCAAGAUGUUACCAUGGAGAAUUCAUAUACCAGUUUCGAUGCCGGACGUGCGCCAGGAGGUAUACAUUCGCCAAUGCAGGGACGUUCCAUGCGGGAGCUGGAAGAGCAGAUGUCUACGCUACGCAAAGAGAACUUCAAUUUGAAGCUGCGAAUUUACUUCAUGGAGGAGAGUCAGCAAGGCGCACGCGGCAAAAAUGCGGACGAGUCAUUGUCCAAACAGUUGAUAGAUGCAAAAAUCGAGAUCGAAAUUCUGCGAAAGAGGGUCGACGAAAAGACGGAACUAUUAAAGGAUGCGGCCCGCGCUAUUACACAGCACGAGGAAGUGCAAAAAAAAUCGGACAUCGAAAGUCAAACAAUGAUUGAACAAAUGCAACAAUAUAUACAUCAGUUAGAGUCAAACGCAAAGCAGAGAGCAACAAGAAGAUCCUUGGAUGCUCUUUCCGCCGAGAAAUUAAAGAGCCUGGAAGCUGAGGUGCUUAAAUUGGAGAAUGAACUGAGGGAGGCCGAUUUGAGGCAGUCAGAGACAAGUAGGCAACUGGAGAUAAUGGAAAAUACUCUAACCGAUCGACAGGAGACCCUGGUUGCGUGUGAGGCGAAGAUUGAGGAGCUUGCUAUUAAAAAUGCUGAACUGGUGGAGCAGCUUGAAAGGGAAGCAGAAGCUGAUGCAGUGGCAAGUACUCAGCCUGAGCUACGCACACAAUUGGCCGAUCAGAUCUGCGAGCUGCAGGAUGCCCAGGAGAAAUUAGCUGAGCGCGAGCGUGUUCAUGAAAAAGCUUGUCGCACGAUUCAAAAGCUAAUGCAAAAGGUGAACAGCCAGGAAAAGGAACUCAAGCGUAUCAAACAGACACAGUCGAAUGAUGAGGCCAAGGCAACGACUUCACCUGCUUCUCCACGUCAUUCUCUGAGCGAUACUGAGACAAAAGACAUUUCUCCCAGCUUGAAGCAGCGCUAUGAACACCAGAUUACCGAACAGAACGAGAUCAUUGAGAAACUGAAGGCGGAAGUUAAAAAGAAGACAGCCAAUUUGCAGAAUCUGGUUAACAGAGAGUUGUGGGAGAAGAAUCGUGAAGUGGAGCGACUCACCAAACUUGUGAGCAAUCAGAAUUCAGUGGAACAUUCUGGCGAUGACUCAGCCACAGGAGGUGACUUGCAGCAAUCCUUUACGGAGGCAGAUUAUGUAAAAGCUGUGAAGCGCAACAAGUUGUUGCAACGAAAGGUUGACGUUCUACUUCAUCGUCUGAACGAAGUGCAGCAAAAUGGUGCACUAAUCACACAGCUCCGACACGAUCUGCAUGCAAUGCAAUCGGAUGUGGAAAGCGCUAACAAGUGGCGUCUGGAAUGUGCUGAUGUCUGCAGCGUUCUAACGAAUCGGCUUGAGGAGCUGGCUGGGUUCCUUAACUCAUUGCUGAAGCACAAGGAUGUCUUGGGUGUUUUGGCUGCCGAUAGACGACACGCGAUGCGUCGUGCUAUUGAUCGUAGCCUGGACUUAUCAAAGAGUCUUAAUAUGACGCUAUCUAUAACAGGCGUUUCACUGGCCGACCAAAGUCUCGCACAGCUGAGCAAACUCUCGGAGAUCUUGUAUACAGAGCAGGAUGCAGAAUGCAACAAUACGUACAAUUCACACGAGGAGAUACAUGCGGCAGCCAAUGCCAAUGCUGCUACUGCUGCUUCUAGAACUUCGUUAGUCAAGAUGGAAAACAAGGCUCUAAAAUCAGAUGGACAGCUGCGCAAGGAACGACGCUCUCUGCCAUUGCCACAAACACAGCUGGACAAUCAGAGUGAAUCAGAGGCAUGGUCAGAGCCUGACCGAAAGGUUUCCUUAGCACGUAUUGGUCUCGAAGAUACUUCCAACAGCUUUGUAUGCGGUGAGCAACAUCACAGCGAGUCGGACAGUGAAGGACUCGCGUGUUCAGCCAACUCUCUAAAGCAGGAGCGCGGUCGAAGCAACGAACGCAUUACUCAACUUGAGUCCUUGAUAGCACAGAGAGAUGAACGUAUACUGCAUGCACAAUGCCAAUUGGUUGAUGCCGACAAUCGGUUGAAGCAGGAGCAGCUACAAGUAAUUGAAUUGUCCCAACAGCUGGAACAACUUCGCACCCAAAACGAGGCACUUAUUGCUGAUCUUCAAGCGAUUGGCACACAGGAUGAUAAUGAAAUUGCCGAGCUGCAGCGGCUUAUUGAACUUAAAACCCAACAGAUUCAGCAGCAGCAGUUGGCCCACAAUACUUUGCUCGCCGAUGCACAGAUCACUGAAAUUGAACUGAAAGAAGCGCAAAAGAAAAUUCAGGAAAUGGAAGAACAAUAUACAGUGAAUCUUGAUGAGGCGCACGCUGAGUUGAAACAGGUCAAACUAGAAGCGACGCAACGAUUGGAGGAGCAGGCUCGCCUGCAACAAGAAGCCUUGGCUCGUGAUUGGGUUGCAUUGACCAAACACGAGGAAGUAAGGGCGCAGCUUCUAGAAUUGCAACGUUCAUUAGAAUUCUACCAAGAAAGCGAAAAGGAACUAAAACAGACGCUUGUAGAAAAUGAACUAGCUGCACGCUCACUUAAAAAGGAAGUGGACGAGAGUACUUUGCAGGCUUCCAAGGCGAUCAUGGAACGCACUAAGGCGUAUAAUGAUAAAUUGCAGUUGGAGAAACGUCUGGACGAGAUGAAGGUACAGCUCACAGUGCUUCAAGAUGAGCAAAGACAGCAGCAGCUGCAGCAACAGAAAUAUUCACAGCCAAUUCGUAUUAAUAGCAGCGAUGUCUCACAGUCCGGCUACACGUCUGAAGAGGUUCCGCUGAAAAUGGCCAACAAUAGAGGCAAUGCACCAACGGGUUCAGCAGCGUGCGGAAGGAUUAAUAACCCCUCACCCGACUUGGGAAUCGAGAGUGAUGUCGGGCGAGUCAUGAGCGUAGAGCUAUCUAAUGCUCAGCGUACUUUACUCAAAACUGUUGAGCUUACCGGACAGAAAUCUAAUCAAAAUGCUGAUAAUGUGGGCACAAAAGAUGAUACUUCCCCAGACACAGAGGCUGCUGCGUCAUCAUCUACAGGACAAACAAAAAUUCACGACUGUGACAAGGUAGAGCAAGAAAUGGCCGAAUUACGGCGUAAAUUAAUACGCACCAAACGAGCCUUUGAAGACACAUAUGAAAAGUUGCGUGAUGUUAACAAAGCUAAAGCACAAGUUGAAAAAGACAUCAAAAAUCAAAUACUUAAAACCCACACUGUACUGCGAAAUGUUCGAUCUAAUAUGGAGAAUGUGUUAUAACAAUUGGUUUGAUCGCAACAUCAUCAUUAUCUUCAUCUUCAUGAAAUGGAUUCACAAAUCGGCAAACAUUCUGUUAAUAUGUCACAAGUUUUCUUUUUACUUAUAUUUUCUAAUAAUUGUGUUCUUUAAUGUUCUUUGUAAAUCACCUUAUAUAAACGGCACUUAAGCAACCAGUUUUUAAUACAAAUAAUACUACUUGCAUUUUCUAAAGACUGUAUAAAAUUAAAACAAAUAUGUAUAAUAAAUGCAAGUUUAUCUAUACCCUCCUAAUGUACUACACCUAACUGGUACUAUAUUAACCAGACACCUUCGUUCAUAUUGAAUGACUUAAAAAUACAUAGUAGUAAGCUUAUUACUAACAUUUAUGAACAGUAUAAAUAACUCCCUAUGCAUGUAUACAUUUUGCUCCUUAGCAAUAACUGAUUUUAAAAACUAAAACUGAGUGCCAUCUUGCCAUAUCAAAUUAACAGUAAUAAGAGAUUAACCUACUUCUUAUUCAGCUUGAAUGAAUUUUCUUAAUACUUUUUAUUUAUUUCCCGAAUUCGUCAUGAAUUACCGCUUUCAGUUGACAAUCGGAACGGACAUUGAAAUAAUAUUAUAAUAUACUCGACCUCAAAUAUUUUUUCGCUGUACACUUAUGUAUGUAAAACCUCCAAAAAUUUGCUUUCGAAAAGAUACUUAGAAUUAAGUUUUGUACAAUGAAUACGGUAUGAAUAAAAAUACAUUUAUAGUUCGUUUUAAA